AUGGGUGUAUGCAAGAUAGUUAAAUGGUUCAAAACAGCCACGCGAUUGGACAGGGAUGUACAGUCCACAUCACCGAUGCCGCAAGACGGCCGCAAUGAAUAUUGCCGACAUUUAUUACAACAAUUUGCGAAUCAUUAUCAAACGUCCAACGGAGAGAUCACCGAUCCAGACUGGGUUGUCUACUUAUCCAAGGAGCAGAACGCUGAGCAGUCCUCUCAAAAAGACAAUCGAAAGCUACAAAAACAUGGACAGUUUAUCCCAGGUGUUCCACAUAUACGUGCUUCUGAAAUACUCGAGAUUGGAUGUAUUGUAGGCACAGAGAACAAAUGUCUCGAGUUGGUUUCUGCAGAAUGGAACAAUACGAAAGUGACGCUGAAGAGACAUGUUUUACCAAUGUGUCGAGAUGCUAUAAAAACAGAUAUAGAAAUCCUUAAUGAAAUUCGGCAUCCUAAUAUAUUGCUGCUGAUGGCUACAACAUACACAAGCGAGCAUGGUCUCGUCUCUAUCUUCGAAUCCAUCGACUGCUCAUUGUACCAUUACUUGCACGAGCAAGGCGAACGAAUAAACGUACAAAGAAUCAUACAAAUUGGUAUAAAAUUGGCAGACGCAUUAAAAUAUUGUCAUAUGCGGGGAUACAUACAUACAGCGAUUAGCUCGCACUGUGUUUAUUUUGCAUCCGAUACGACUGUCAAACUUGGUGGAUGGGAACUGGCUAAAGAAAUAGAAAAAACAUGUGUAGAGCGCGAUUAUGAAAAAUAUUUACGAUUAGAGAAUUUUAAAUGGCAAGCACCAGCGAUAUGUUACGGAUUACAUCCCAAUAAAAAAAUUGAUAUUUACUGCUUGAUGCUAUUACUUUGGGAAAUGUGUACAGGAAAUGUACCGUGGAGCGGAUACGAUCAAUCAAAUGUAGAACGGCAACACAUGACGCGAAAACGAGAUAUUGUUAUAAACUUACAAAAUGUUCCAUUAAUUCUCCGCAGCUUACUAGAGGCUGGAUUACAUCCUGAUGAGACAAUGAUAAUGUUAGACAUGGACAGAGUAGGAAAAAAGCUUCACAGACUGUUGGUAAAUUUGCAAAUGAUAUAUGAGGAAGAAGAGAAGAAUGACACGUUUAUAAAUGAAACCAGAAAUAAUAAUAAUAAUAAUGAUCUUUUAUAUAAUGAUACAUUAUAUCAAAAGACUUCCUCUACGUCUCCUACACAAAAUAAAGUGACCAAAAAAUCAUUCACAGAACAAUCAUGUCAGCUUAUGACAGAGAAAAAAUCUACGUCCAACCAACUUGUUAAAUCUAAGAAAGAGCAAUGCAAUGGAGACUUAGAUUCUAAAAAUAAUACGAAAAAAAUUACUGUAAUCAAUGACAGCGUCACGAGUCCCGUGAUUAAAGUAGAGACUGCCACUUCUUGCACUCGUUGUGCAGAAAUUUCAAAUAUAGUACAAGAUCUUGAUGAGGGAGAUGAUGCACGUGCUAAUAUAAAACGAUUAAAAAAAUUAAUAGCGAGUAGAAGGGAAGAUUUUUUCUUUGGGAGCAACUCCACCUUGCCUUGUUCAACCUUUUCUUAUUCACCUUCAACUACAAGCUCAUUAUUGUCACAAGAAAGAAGUCCUGACUACGUACGUUGCAAACCAGCUAAUCAUACAACCGCUAUGGAACCUAAAUGCAAUAAAUCUCCCAGUGAAUAUGGUGGAGCUAUUUCAAAAUUAUCUACACCACGGCGAAAGACACCAUACACGAGCAUGCCUCCCAGUAUUAAACAUGCGAUAAUACAACCUCAGGUUUUGCAUUCUGAUGCUAAAAGCUUUUAUGAAUCAACAUUAUGGAGAAAAGAAAAAGAAAUUUGCUUAUCACGAAUGGGGCGCAACAGUAAAGAACAUAAUGAAGAUUCCUUACUAUCGCAACAAACAAUUUGUAACACUUCUAUCACUGAUGAUGAUAAAGUACAAUAUUCUACACCACAUGUAAAAAAUGCUGAUGCAACGUAUAUAAUUGAGAAAGAUAAUUAUAUUGAAGAUAACAAAGAGUCAUUAAAAAACAUAAGUGAUAGCACUUCAAGCACUCCAAAUCAAUCCAUACAAAACAUGAAGGAUGCCCUUGAUCGUGCCACGAACAUAAUAAGUUUAACAACACCUUCUAAAAUUUCUAAACUAAAUCUAAGCAAUAUACAAGAAUGCAAAACUGUAUUUGAAAAUCUGUAUGGGACGAGUUAUAAUGACAAUCAAAAAAUCAAAGUUAUCGAAAGAUCGACACCCAGCAACAGGAGUUUUCUGGGAAUGGAUGAAAUUAAAAAUAUAAAAUCUACUGCAAAACACGAACAAAUCUUCAAUCAAGCUUUCAUAAAUAGCCAAACGCUCAGUUCUACGACUACAAAAACAUCAAUUGAAUCUGAGACAUCAGCACAGAAUGAAUAUAUGAAAUCGAAAGAAAUGGAUUACAAUAAGAUAGAAUUUACAAGAAGGAAUACCUCAACCCCGUAUAAAAUUAGAGAAGAUGAAAGAGAAUACGUUAACAUACGUCCUAUGAGCAGUGUUAUACUGAAAGAUUCACCGAGAAGGCGUUCUCUACCCGCAAGACUAAAUAAUUUGGCAACAUAUGGUUCCCCAAGGACUAUUUUAAAUAAAAAAGUAAGUAGACAAAGAGAGACAAUAUUAAACGUUCAAGGCAACCAAUAUACGACUGAAGAUAUGUACAUUGACGAUGAAUUUGGAAGUAGAUUAAAUUAUAAUUUAAUUCUCUUAAAUGAUGAUAUUAUUAUUCUAAGUGACGAUGAAAGUCUACCUCAGACCACAGAAUUGUAA